AUGAGCUGCCUUGCAUCUCGCCAUCUAUUCUGCCCCUCCUUAUCGACAAUCGUCGAUCCGGACCACCAUGGGUUCACGCAGGAUGAUCGGAAGUUUCGAGAGCGAACGCCGCCACGUUCUCAAAGCGAAAUGCUUCAUCCCGCGUUCUACAUCAUGCGCCUCGCACCGCCCCUGACGCGAAGCCAGGAAUCGCGGCGUGAACUGGCGUGGACUGUGACCGGGCUGAGUUCGAGCGUCAUCCUGUUUAAUAAAUGGGUUCUUGCGAGCCAAAUUCGAUUUCCCGCUGUUCUUGACAAAGACAUGGCUGCAACGGGAACACCCCAGGUUCUUGCCCCAUUUUCACUUCCACGCUGGACUCGCGGACACAAGAUCCCUAUGACACCAAAUUAA